GUUCUUCAUCUCUCUCUCUCUCUCUCUUUCUCUCUGUCUCUCUCUCUCUCACAAAUCACAGAUCCGAAAUCGAACAAGAAAGGCGAUCUAAUCUGAUCGAAAUCCAAACUCGAUCUGAUUUGAUCUCUCUUGCAUUUUGUUAGAUCGGUUCUUGCUCUAGCUUUUCUUCAUCGAACUCGAACUCGAUUUGUCUCGCAGAUUGUAGAUCCGAAAUCGAACAAGAAAGUUGAUCUAAUCUGAUCAAAAUCCGAACUCGAUCUGAUCUGAUCUCUCUCGCAUUUUGUUAAAUCUGCUGAUUAACAAGGUUUCAAGCAUGUCGUUUUUAUUUUGUUUUUCAUUAACAAGUGUUAAUCGGUGUUUGAUUUCUCUGUAGGUGCCGAUGAAGUGUAGAGAUUGGUUACAUGAACUUUUUUUUUUGAUGGAUUUCCGGAGUUGUCCCUGACUGUUGGAAGACUUGCAGUUUUCUACAAACAGAGAGAUUUGUACUUUUAUCCAGCUUGGGCAUAUGCAAUCCCAGCCACCAUUCUGAAGGUUCCUAUUUCAUUGUUUUCAGCUCUAAUUUGAACAUCUCGUUGGAUACAGUCCUGAGGCUGGGAGGUUCUUUCUCCAGUGCAUUCUAUUUUUAGCUCUACACUUAGCAGCUACAUCCAUGUUUCGUUUUGUGGCAUCUGUCUUCUGCACUGCGGUUGCUUCUACAACAGCUGGUAGUUUGUUUGUAUUGUUUGUCUUAUUAUUUAGUGGCUUCAUCAUCCCAAAAUACAUGGAGAUGGUGAGCCAACUGACAAUUCUGCAAGGUUCUAUAAAUGGUUUUCAGAGGGUAAAGGAGAGAGAAAUGGCUUAAUCUUUCGUACGUAGUGUUUGGCCUUGGCAACAGGCAAUAUGAGCAUUUCAACAAGCUUCGACUUUCUCUUCUCAAGACUACACAGGGGCAUCCUAUGGGGACACAUUCCUUAUCGGGAUAGUAAGCUCACUCGCAUACUUCAACCUGCUCUUGGUGGCAAUGCCAAAACUUCUAUAAUUUGCACUUUAGCACCAGAAGAGAUUCACAUAGAGGAAACGAAAGGAACCCUCCAGUUUGCUAGCAGAGCCAAGAGAAUAACAAAUUGUGUUCAAGUGAAUGAGAUUUUGACAGAUGCUGCCUUACUGAAGCAACAAAAACUAGAGAUAGAGGAAAUCACACAAAGCACGAGAUCAAUGCAUUAGGGAACAACAAAUGAAAAUUGACAAUCUUAAUAGUCUUGUCACCGUUUCGGAUUUCGAUAAAAAGUCUAGCCAGUUGCAGGAUUUGAUGAGAGAAGAUUUGAGAAAUUUUUUUCAGAGUCCCUUUUGCUUUCUUGAUCCUAAAAUAGCUACAGUGCUCUUUCCC